CGUGCAUGCACAGAUGUAACCAAUAGGCGGUACUGUGCCAUUCCUCGGGACGCGCUCUCCAUCUCCAGCCCUGAGGACAUCACCGUCUCUCUGCGCGGCUUUCCUCCUAAUUGACCUAAAUCCAGUUCCUCUGCUGUCCCUGACGGCGGACUGACACACAGCCCGCGAGAUAAGCUACGAGGAAACACCGCUGCGGUGCUUUUCCCUCUCUCUUCCCCUCUCUCUCUGUCUUGGAGUAGUUAAUACCGCUGCCUCUCUGUCCUCAGAUCAACCCCAGCGCGAGUUUUGCGCCUGGAUCUCCAACAAGGGGAGCUCUUGGAGUGCGCCGCGAUGGUUUACAUCGAGCAGAAAGAACUGACGUCUCUCCCAGGAAGGAUUUUAUAAUAUUCUCCUCCGCGGGAUUUUUUUUUAGGUGCAAAAACCAGCUGGCUCCACAAGCGCAAAAGUCGUAAUGUUAGACGAUAAGGCGCCGACAUCCCAACUCGGCGCUCCGUCUUUCUUCAUCGAGAAUCUGCUGCGGACAUCCGGCGCGGAUUCGUCGGCCGCAGAGCGCGUGGAGACCUCCGGGUUCAGCGUUUGGGGGGCUGCGCCCUUCCCGGUGGGCAGCAGGCUGCUGGAACCGGGACGGCCGCUUCAGGAACCUGGAGAUAUUUAUGGGUCCAGCGUCACAGACAAAUGGGGGGUCCGUGCAACACAGAGACGAGGGGAUUACCAAGUUUUACCAGACUCAGCGGACGAGAGCGACGAAUCAGAGAAGAGAGACGAUAGUUCAACAAACGAGAAAGAGGAAGAAACUGUGCAGUCUCCCUGCAACCUUGAGGAGGAUAACUGUGAUACAGGUGAAGUCAAAAUGCUGCGGAAGAAGAAGACGCGCACCGUGUUCAGCCGUACCCAGGUCUUCCAGCUGGAGUCCACCUUCGACCUGAAGCGCUACCUGAGCAGCACAGAGCGAGCUGGACUGGCCGCCUCGCUGCAGCUCACAGAGACGCAGGUCAAGAUCUGGUUCCAAAACCGCAGGAACAAGUGGAAACGGCAGAUCACCGCCGACAUAGAAAGCGGUGGAGCCGUGGUGCCUUACGCCGCCCACAGGGUCGUCAGAAUUCCUGUGGUGUACCGAGAGAACAUCGGCACGCCUCUGACUCUGGGCGGCCUGCCUCAGGUGUCGCCGCCAGUCAUUGGGGUCUCAGAUCCCACCUGUCCACUGACUGGACACCUCACCCACCCGUUGAUGUAUAUGUCACCACCGAUGACAGGACUGGUAUGAUGUAAGGAGCUUUAAAAGUAAAGAGACACUAUUAGCAAUUCUAACACACUAAUUUAGAUGUCCGGAUUUUUUCUUUUAACUAUUUCUCUUGGAAAAAGGUGAAAGGAGUCUGGUUCUCAACCCAGGGCAGCAUUCCGUCAUGGGGCGGCAUGAGUGGUACAAAAAAACAAUUCUGUCAUUUACACCUCAACUGAGUUUUCUGUUGGAUAUUUGUGUGUCCUGUUAAGACUUACUCUGUGUUGAGAACCGUGUAAGCAGAUAUCCAGGACUAAAGUAAAUUUAUAAAGCUACUGAAUAUCGAUAUUCUCCAUUUUUGUAAGAAAUCUGGAAUCUCUGAAUCAUCUGAACUAUAAGAUAAAUAUAUUUUUAACUGGAAGAAUCUCUGGUGAACAGGGAUUCUUUUUCUUUUAUUACCACAGACAUCUUCUAAUGGCAACUCCCAGCAGGAUUAUGCCUCCUUCUCAAAUUUAAUCUCAAAAUGGCUUCUUCAAGAUUAUAAUAAAUUCACUGUAUUACUAUGGCUUUCACAACCUUAAGGUCUUAAUCCGAUAAAAGAACUGUAGGGAAAAGAUUUAUGUAGUAGAUGUACAGCACUAUGACAAUUAUCUAAGGUGGCUGGUGAACACUGCAAUGUGAAAAGUAGUUUAUUUUAUUAUUAUUCACACUUCGGAUUAUGAUGUCUUUUUAUAUAAUUUGAUGAAAAUACAUUAUGGACUUUUUCAAUGAUGUUUUAUUUAUUAAAAGGGUCGUAACUUACUCAGAUCAACCUGGGAAAAAAAUAAUUGGAUCACUUUAAAUCAUAAAUCAACUAUGAUGAACAACGGUUUUGGAAGCUGAUUUCUAUUUUACCAGCCUCAUACGCUUGAUCGAAUUUUUAAUUUAGGCUAGAGCAUCUCAAGAAGCAGCAAUUUGUGGCCUGAUCUGAAGAAAUUCAAAGACAGUUCAGCAGAAAAGUCAUUUCUCUUUCUUAGUCUGGGAAGUUUUUCAAAGUUAUUUUAAUGGGUUUGGAGCUACUCUGAACCACAUUGACACAAUUCACAAAUAAACAAAAAGCAUCCAGCUGACCAAAAAUGCUCCAUAAGCACAUCAACAAUUCAUCCAAGCUGCUCCUUACCGGAAAAUCAUGACUAAAGCAAUGGGGACCAAAAACAUGGGACAUGAAAGAGGACAAUGAUCCAGAGCACAUCAGUCUCACCUCUGACUGUCUAAGAAAAACAAAAAAGUGAAAGUUUUGUAGUGACCUAGUCCAAGUCUGAACUAGGUCACAAGUUUCAACUUGAACCUGUGUGAGAUGGUAUGAUCAUAAACAGGUUGUUUGUGCUUAAGAAAAACAACAAUUGUGGCUUAUUACUAACAGUUCUGUGAAAAACGUGAACUAAAACACAGUGAAAUAUAUUUUGUUGUCUUUUUAGGGACAGUUACUGUUUCCUUAUUAAAUGCUAUCAUCAUUUCAAAAUGGCAAUUUUGUAGUUGUUCUGCUUUUGCGAUCAAAGCAAAAAUAAAUAAGCUGGGAAAUUAUUUUUCAUGAACUGAGAGGCUGGUUUAAGUCAGACAAACCUUCCAACAUGAUCUCCCAAAUCCCUUCAUCUCUUAAAAUGUUUACUAUGUAAUCAUUAUAAAUCAAUCAGUUGCAAAAACACAUUUUAUUGUUUGUGAGUUUUCAUCCUGUCAGAGUCACGACAAUAAUUGUAAUCACGACUCACACCUAUUAUUAUGUAUUUUGUUAUUUAAGAGAAUUUUCAGACAGAUCUUUGUACACUUUUUGAGUCACAAAUGUGAAUAAA